ACAAAAGGCAAGAAAGGGACAAAAUGUCGCAGGGAAACCAACGAAGAAAUAGACCAAGGGCAUCAAAUAGCGGUUCUCUACUGCUAGAUAACUCUGAAAAUGAGCAAUUGUUCGGGAUAUUGGGCAGAGGAUGUGUGUCUUUAGCAACUGGUGUAGUUCAGUUGUAUACUGCUGACCCUCCGGCACGAACACGUUGGACCAAACGUUUCUGUGGGGUGGCAUGUUUCAUUAAGGAUAACCCAAACCGCUCAUACUUCAUCAGGGUGUAUGACAUCAAGAAGGGCCAGAUGAUUUGGGAACAAGAGAUCUAUAACCAGUUCAGGUACAAGGCUCCGAGGGAAUACUUUCAUACGUUCGAGGCAGAGGAUGUACAAGCUGGUCUUAACUUUGCAAGCGAAGAUGAAGCAUUUAAAUUCAAAAGUGCUAUUGAACAGAAGCUGAUGGAACGCCAUCAGAGGAGACUUGAUAAGAAGAAGAACCAGCAGGGAACAGUGCAAAACAAUAACAAUCAGAAUCAGGGCGGAGUUUCCUCCCCUCCUAUUAUCAAUAAUUCUGGCCCUGCAUUAUCAUCUGUGGAUAUUAACUUGAACAAGACAAGUGGGAAGGACACCAUUUCCAAGGCCAGCAAGGGUAAAAACAAGGACAAGGACAAGAAAAAGAAACUGACCAAGGAAGAUAUAAGUACACCUACAGACUUCAGGCACGUCAGUCAUGUUGGUUGGGACCCUACCAAAGGAUUUGAUAUGAACAACCUUGACCCAGACAUGAAGGGACUGUUUGAGAGUGUAGGUAUAGAUGAAAAUGAGGUAGUGGAUAAGGAGACUGUAGAUUUCAUCUAUGACUUCGUGGAGCAGCAUGGCGGUAUAGAUGCAGUCAAGGCUGAGAUGGCAUCCAGGCCACCACCAAAAGCUCCUUCAGCAGCACCACCUGCUGUCCCACCCCAGAGGACUUUAAGCAGGGCCCCACCCCCACCUACUCGUCCUGGUCCAUCGGGACCCCCUCCUUCUAGAGCCCACCAGGCCCCUCCCCCACCCCCACCUAAUAGAGGUCCUAGGAAUCUUGGAGCUCCACCUCCACCUCCUCCUCAAGGUGCACCAAAUGCAGGCUUUCAACCUCCUCCUCCGCCUAUGAAGCCCUCAAUGGGACCACCUCCUCCCCCUCCAUCAAGUGGAGGAUUCCCCCCACCCCCUCCUCCUUCAGCGGGCGGUCCACCUCCACCACCUCCUCCUCCACCACCCCCUACAGCUCCAGCUGCUCCUCCCCCACCUCCAGUCAUGGGAGGACCAGGAAUUCCUACACCGCCCUCUGGUGGUGGUGAUUCAGCUCGCAGUGCUCUAUUGGACCAGAUACAGAAAGGUAAAAGCCUGAAAAAUGUCACCGCUGAUGAUCGACCAGCAGCACCCUCUGAUGCUAGAGGCGACCUUCUCAGUGCUAUCCGCUCUGGCAAAAACCUCAAACAUGUUGAUCAAACCGAGGAGAAGCCAGCACCUCAACAGGAGGCUUCCGGAGGAAUUGUUGGUGCACUAGCCCGCGCGCUGGCUAAUAGGCAGAGACACAUACAAGGCUCAGAUGAUGAAGACGACGAUGAUGAAGAUGAUGUAGAUGAUGAUGAUGACUGGGAUGAUUAGAUGACUUUCGUAUAUAUUUGAAAAUAUGGCUUCCUUCUACUGCCAAAAUGCAAUAACUGCAACCGUGCACACUGAGUAACCCCUGUGGAAGAAUGUCCUUUUGUAAUCCAUGUUGUGGUUUUUGUGUCAGUUUUUUCUCUAUAUGUUGAUGUAAAAUUAUUGUGGCUUAGAUUAAAACAUUCACUGAUUAUUCUAAAAAAGGAAAUCAUAGUUAGACGAAAAAGCGUUAGACCUGAUGAUGACAAUUAGAAUUUUAAUAACUGAUGGGGACUAGAUAUAUAGGUUCUGUAAUCUGAUGGUAAUAUGAUGAUGACUAGAUAUAAGUUCUAUUUUCUAUUAUCCGAUGGUGACUAUAUGAAGUUCUAUAACCAGACAGUGAUUAGAUAUAAGUUCUGUAACCUGGUGGUGACUAAAUAUAAGUUCUAUGUUUUUAUGGUGACUAGAUAUAAGUUCUAUUAUCUGAUGGUGACUAUAUGAAGUUCUAUAACCUGACAGUGAUUAGAUAUAAGUUCUGUAACCUGGUGGUGACUAGAUAUAAGUGCUAUUAUCUGAUGGUGACUAGAUAUAAGUUCUAUUAUCUGAUGGUGACUAGAUAUAAGUUCUAUUAUCUGAUGGUGACUAGAUAUAAGUUCUAUUAUCUGAUGGUGACUAGAUAUACUGUGGAUUCAUUUUCUUUCGUGGGGGUCCAAUUUUCGUUGUUUUCGUGGAUGAGCAAAUUUAAAAACACAACGAAAUAUGAACUACUUACUAAAGUAAUUUUGGAAUUUGACCAAGUAAUCUUUGCCGACACCGGAAACGUCUACCGGUAAUGACAGAAGCCCCGUAAUUAGUCGGGAGUCGGGUAGCCCAGGAACGUCAGGAUUUCGCAGAUUCAAUUUCCCGGAUUUUAACCACUGUGUUAACGACAUGAUGGAUAAGAUACAUAAUGAUAUGUUCAUCACUGUGAUUUCUUUAUACUAUCGUCAGUGAGUUGUGUUUUUACUUCAUAAUUGUUUCUGCAGAUCUUGUUUACACACCUGUUUACACACAUGGUCCAAUCGAUACGCGUGGUGUUUUCAUAUGACUGCGGUACACCGACUGAUCAGCACACAAUGUUUAUCCACUGAAAACAAUUGUUUCUGAUAAUUACCGAUUGAUUACACGCCUGGAUAUAUACUGAUUUGUGGUUUGAUAUUAAUGCGAGACACAGGACGCCAUCUUGGAAAAAAACGUUCUUUUAUUCUUGUCAUCAGUGUUAAUUCCUGUGAACAUAGCCUUAAUACAAACAGAAAAAAUUUCGACUGGAAGCAAAAAGAGAAAAUUCUAACGUUUUUAUUUUUUUCCCACAGAAUAAAAAAUCCACGAAUUUAUGAGUCCACGAAACUGUCUAAUUUGUAGAAACAACGAAAAUUGAACCCAACGAAAAUAAAUGAAUCCACAGUAAGUUCUAUUAUCUGAUGGUGACUAUAUGAAGUUCUAUAACCUGACAGUGAUUAGAUAUAAGUUCUGUAACCUGGUGGUGAAUAGAUAUAAGUUCUAUUAUCUGAUGGUGACUAGAUAUAAGUUCUGUAACCUGGUGGUGACUAGAUAUAAGUUCUAUUAUCUGAUGGUGACUAGAUAUAAGUUCUAUUAUCUGAUGGUGACUAGAUAUAAGUUCUGUAACCUGGUGGUGACUAGAUAUAAGUUCUUAUCUGAUGGUGACUAGAUAUAAGUUCUGUAACCUGGUGGUGACUAGAUAUAAGUUUUAUUAUCUGAUGGUGACUAGAUUAAGUUCUAUUAUCUGAUAGUGACAAGAUGGAAAUUCUAUAAUUUGAAGAUAACCUGGUUGUUACUAGGUAUCAUUAUGACAAUAUGAUUGUAACUUGAUACAGAAGAAAUGCUGUGUCUUUGAGAUAUCAUUUGAUAGUUAACAUUCCACAAUUCUGUACUUACAUAUCAUGUGAUCUCAUUGUGGGGUUGUAUGCAUAUAGAAGAACUUAAAUGUCAAAUUAAAUCAGCUUUGAUCGUGCUUGUUUAAAUCUUUAUUUCCUCCGGAUAUUUAUUUAUUGCUCAGUUGCCAGAUAUUAAUUUCUUUAUGUCUUAUGAAUUAAUAAAAUCAGUUCCAUAUUGUA